UCCUAAAAAAAUGACAGAUGUUACGGCACCUUCUGAAGGGGAAAUUUUCAAACAGUGAAAGUAUCCGUGUUCUUGUUGCUACUGGGACGUCAUGCUUAGAGUGCUGUGACCAAGGUUCUAGCCCCAGCCCCAUCCUGCCAGGCAGAACUCCUCAGGAAGGAUUUGGUGACUUGUGAAAAUCCUCCUUCAGAUGGCUGGGACUGCAAGACAUGACAGAGAGAUGGCGAUCCAGGCCAAGAAAAGGCUUGCUACAGCCACAGACCCCAUUGAGAGACUUCGGCUCCAGUGCUUAGCCAGGGGGUCAGCCGGUAUCAAGGGCCUUGGCAGAGUAUUUCGGAUCAUGGAUGAUGAUAACAGCCGAACCAUCGACUUCAAAGAGUUUGUGAAAGGGUUAAAUGAUUAUGCUGUGGUGAUGGAAAAAGAAGAAGCACAAGAACUCUUCAGUCAAUUUGAUAAAGAUGGAAAUGGGAAAAUAGAUUUUAAUGAAUUUCUUCUCACAUUAAGGCCCCCAAUGUCCAGAGCCAGGAAAGAGGUCAUCAUGCAGGCCUUCCGGAAGUUAGACAAGACAGGUGACGGUGUGAUAACAAUUGAGGAUUUACGUGGGGUGUACAAUGUAAAACACCAUCCAAAGUACCAGAAUGGAGAAUGGUCAGAAGAGCAAGUUUUCAGAAAAUUUCUGGAUAACUUUGAUUCACCCUAUGACAAGGAUGGAUUGGUUACACCAGAGGAAUUUAUGAACUACUACGCGGGAGUGAGCGCAUCGAUAGACACGGAUAUCUAUUUCAUCAUCAUGAUGAAAACCGCGUGGAAACUCUAAAUGUUUCCCAAGAGGACUUUCUGGACUAUUAUGCUGGGGUUAGUGCUUCCAUUGACAGUGAUGCCUACUUCAUUCUUAUCAUGCGAAAGACCUGGAGAUUGUGACUUUUUGGUUCUUGCUUCUUUCUGGAAUCAAAGACUGUCCAUGGGAUGAUUUUUGAAAGGAUUUCAUCACUGUUAAUUCUGACAUGAUCAUAUGUAUGUGGACUUCUGAACGAUUUGCUUUUUCUCCUCCUACACAGCCAUUGGCACCAUUUCCUUAAGGAAAGUAUGUACAUGGUAUUGUUUCCUCACAAAUAACCAAAAAACUAUCCUAAGACAUUAAGAGAGAAAGAACACUUGGCUAGUGUUCAAAUAAAAUAACCACAUGUUAGCAUCUUUAAAAUUAAGACUAUAUCUGUUACCCUACAGCUUCCUCUUUUCCCAUCUCUUAGAUUCCAGGCUGGAAGGAAUCCACAUGAGAACUGGGGAAAAUAAGUAAUGUCUGUUUCAUAAUCACUCUGAACUUAC